UAUCAGUUGCGAUUUUGUGCUACGCUCGUGCGGUUCGUAGUUUUUAUCGUAUUAAGACAGGUGCUUCGUGUGCGCAAGUGACUUAGAAUUAAGGAAUAUCAAAAAACAAACACACACAGACAUCCAUACAUAUUUCGUGAGUGUAGUUGUUUUCAUUUUGAAUUGUGUAUUUAAAUCAAGUAUCUGCAGUUGCAGAAAAUAACGUUCGAAUUGGAUGGCGCGCAAAGUUCCACAGCAAAUCGAGUAAAAUAUUUCUUAGCACAAUGCGAUCUCACACGGUGACGGCAAGGCGCCAUCACCAUUGUCUGUUUCUGCUCUUACUACUCACACAAGCGUUCCUAUUCACCACCGCGCUACCCGCAUCAUCCAAUACACUUGCGUCACAAAGUGGCAGUAUAAGCUCCAGUAGUAAUAAUAAUAAUAACAACAACAACAAUGUAAGUGGUAUCAAUGCAGGCAGCAAUAGUAAUAGCAACAGCAACAACAACUACAACAAUGCCAUUGGGAAUCCCAAUACUAGCUUAAAUAGCGGCAACAAUGCUCUGAACAACGUCAACGUCAGCAGCAACUCUGUGAGCAGCAGCAGUGGUGGUGUGGGCAUAAAUUCAGGUAGCAACAAUAUUGAUUUACUCAAUAUAGGCGGUUCAAAUGCGGGCGGCGUUAGUGUGGCCGGCAGUAGCGCCAACAGCAGCAAUAUUAUCGUAUUGCCAAGAGAGAAGCUGUACGAAAAGUGCACUGGCCCUGGCGAUCCGGGUCCUUGCAAGCAAUACAUUUACAAAUGGCGGUACGAGCCACUCUCCAAUGAGUGCACCACCUUCAUUUGGGGUGGCUGUGAUGGCAAUUCGCAGAACCGUUUCAACACUGAGGCCGAGUGCUUGUAUCAUUGUAUAGGCGGUCCACAUACACUGCCACCUUUCCUACGCUCCACCACCAGCGAGCCCAGUACCACCGAAUCGGCGGUGCAGUUGUCGGCCAACACGGUGGGGCCCCUUUACGGAGGUGAUAGCUCAGAUUCCAACCCCAUGCCGUUCGAGCAACGCGGUCCCGAACUAACAUUUGCCGAAACGGGUAAAGAGAAAACAUUCGUCUUUGCCAAAAAUAACACAUUCAUCCAAAUGGACGGUGAUAUUAUACAAACAUUUCAAUUAAGACUUUGCCGUGAGAUCUCAUUUCAAUUUCGAACACGUCUGCCGCACGGCCUGCUCGUCUAUCAUAAUGUAAAAAAUCCCGAUCGCAUUAAUCUGGAUCCCUACGCACUGUAUGUAAUUGUGGAGAAGGGACAACUGAAGGUCGUACAUGUUUUUGGAAAGCAUUCGACAAGUGUUACAGUGGGCGAAGGCCUCAAUCGCGAUGAGUGGCACAGUGUAAUGGUGCGCAUCGAUGUCCAUGGCGCAAGAUUGAUUGCACGCGUUGACAGAAGUCAAGAAGAGGUUUACCUGAAGGGUUUGAACCAUGACACCAACUAUGGGGUGUCGACGAAUCUGCCUUCGGUGGUGUUGGUCGGAGGUCUUUCGUCGGAGGAGAAACUGCAUGGCGUCAAGUAUAUUAUUGAAUCAUUUGUUGGUUGUAUUCGUAAUGUUGUUCUGAGUUCGGGCAAAGCGGCAUCCGAUUUGUUGCCCAUAGCACCACUGGUGGCCACUAAGCAUGAGAACGUCAAUGAAGGUUGCUCCGACAAAUGCCAUUCCAGACACAAUUUAUGUUUUGUGGGCUCCCGUUGUAUUAAUCACUACUAUGACAUUUCAUGCGAUUGCUUCGGCAGCCACUAUGAAGGCGAACAUUGCGAUAUUUACACUGCUACUAUAAUGACGCUACGUGGCUCCAGUUACGUUUCGUAUCGCAUUUAUGACUGGAAGGAUCGCGUUCAUUCGUCCAACACCCGCAUCAGCCUCAUGUUUCGCACUCAAUUCGACGAUUCAGCACUUUUCUAUGCGAGCGGCGAAUCACUCAAGCAUCAGUACAUUGCUGCGUCAAUAAAAAAUCAAUCAAUUCAUGUGGAAAUGGAUUUUGGCGACAACGUGAUGUCAACGGUACUCACAGACGAGUUGACGCGCAGUAAUUGGCAUAAUUUAACCAUUCAACAUGAACAACGCACUGUGCGCAUUAUACUUGAUCAGCAAAUGAAAAUAUUGGAAAUACCUGCCACGUCAAGCGGUAAUCUGCUAUUCGAUCCGGAAAUUUAUUUCGGCGGCGGCCCAGAUUUGCACAAAAAGAAGGGUUUACAAUCGCAGAACAAUUUCGUCGGCAGUCUCAAAUAUGUUUACUACAACGACGUGUCCAUUUUAUAUGAGCUGCAUAAAAGUAAUCCGAAAGUGCACUAUCAUGGUGUCCUCGAAGCUGAAUUCCAGGAGAAUGAAGUCAACGUCAUACCCAUAACGUAUCCCUUUGCGACAUCUCACAUUUGGUGGCCCAUAAAUCACGCCGAAGAAUUUAAUAUUAAAUUCGAUUUCCGGAGUAGUCGUACAGCGGCUGUGUUGGCAUAUAGUGAUGUGACAACAACAUCCGGAAAUGGGUUUUGGGAGAUACGCCUCUCUUCGGACAAACUGAGUUUUGAUCUAGUGCCCGAUUUGGGUAGCAACCUCACACACUCAACUGUAAUCAAAAUCAAUAGGGCUACCUCUUGGCACUCCGUUGAGCUGGACUACAAAGCAGGCGAAAUAACAUUUACCGUUGACUAUCAUCUGAGGCAGAGCCAAAUGUUUGGAUUGACUUUCAAUAUUGGUGAUAAAUUAAUUAUUGGCAGUAGUCUUAAAUCGGCCGCAUCCGGUCUAGUCGGUUGCAUACGUGACAUUGAAAUUAACGGGCAUCUAAUUGAACCACGACAUGUCGUGAAAACUGAACGUGUGGUAGGUGAAGUUGCAUUGGAUAACUGCAAUUAUAUUGACCCUUGCAAGCGACCGAACACCUGUGAGCAUGGCGGUAAGUGUUUCGUGAAAGAUGAUCGCGUCACUUGCGAUUGCAAACACACCGGCUAUAUCGGCAAGAAUUGCCAUUUUACCAAGUAUCGCAAGACUUGUGAGGAAUUGGCUCUGCUUGGCUACACCAAAUCGGAUGUGUACCUCAUUGACAUUGAUGGUAAUGGUGUUUUUCCGCCGGCGCAUGUGAAGUGUGAUUUCCAGAGUUUGGAGAAUGCUACAAAAACCAUUGUUGAACACAAUUUGCCUAGUCAAGUAGAUGUGCGUUCUUCGAGCGACAAUGACUUCAAGUUCAAUAUACGCUAUCGGGAAUUCUCGCCAGACAUGCUGCAGGAAUUGAUCUCACAUUCGUUGUACUGCACGCAGUAUAUAAAAUAUGAUUGUUACAAAGCGCCGUUAGAGCUGCACUCGGCCACUUGGUUCACUUCGUCCUCAAAGAACUUGACUGUGGAUUUUCUGGGCAAUGCAAAACGUGGUGCAUGUCCCUGCUCCAUCAACAAAACAUGUGUGGACCCAAAUCAAUCAUGCAACUGUGAUGUGAAGGAAAACAAAUGGUAUUCGGAUGAGGGCUACUACAAUGAGCCGUACAGUCUUGGCAUUACAGAUAUGUAUUUUCUGCAACAAAAGGACUUGGAAGAGGAUUCACAGGGACGUAUAACGCUCGGACCGUUGGAGUGUGUCGAAACGAACACCCAAAAGUAUGUCGUCACCUUCACUACAUCGCAAUCGUAUAUAGAAGUGCCUGGAUGGCGGAAAGGUGAUAUUGCCUUUUCUUUCCGCACCACCGGCGAAAAAGCCAUUCUACUCUUUCAACCGCCCAUACGUCCAAAUCAUCCAUCCUUUAUGGUGGCACUCACCGGUGACUAUCAGCUGACAUUCAACUUUACCCUCAGCACUGGAACAACACGAGAGCUGGUAAUUAACUCGCAUCGUAAGCUAAAUGGCGGCGAAUGGCAUAAGAUUUGGAUCGACUACAAUCAGUAUCACGUACGCUUCAUGAUAAAUACGGACUAUCAAAUGGUUGAUCUGUUGGCAGAAGAGGAAUUUGGACCAUUCGAGGGGAGCAUGUACAUUGGUGGGGCAACGGCUGACCUGCUGAAGAAGCUCUCUGUUAAGGCUGGCCUAAUUGGUUGCUUCCGCGGCCUAGUCGUCAAUGGUGAAAUACUCGACAUUUACAGCUAUAUGUCCGUACAUCUCUCGGAGAUAAUUAAGGACUGCAAGCCAUCGUGUGUGCCGUCACCGUGCAAAAAUGGUGCACAAUGCAAGGAGCUGUGGAGCACCUUUCAAUGUGUAUGCAGUAAUCCCUGGGCGCAUAUUGGCGAAUUCUGUGAGACAAAUAUUAACGAGAAAGCACUCACCUUUAUCACGCGUGAGUCGUUCUUGAUGCGCAAUUAUAUUAGUACACCCGCUGCCACGCCACCUUUCUUACCAGCCGCCUACUCCAUAUAUGGCAUCAACGAGGAGCGCGAUAUUAUUAAAGACAUACUAACAGAGGACAUUCUUAUCAAUUUGCGCACCUACGAUGCGAAUGCAUUGGUCUUUUAUGCCAACGAUCAUUACAACAAUUUCGUUCAUUUAUAUAUAAGCGCUGGGCGCGAAAUCGUGUUCCUCUAUAAUUAUGGCGAUGAAAUUGUUAAUCUGACUAUCGUUGAUGAAACGGUGAGCAGUCUGAAUAGCAUACAAGUGGCUAUUGAGCGAGAAGAGCAACGGACAACGAUGCACGUAAACGAGCAAAGUGUAAGUGUGGAGAGGGGCAUGAUGCUGCUGGAUGAAUACAGCAACAAGCCGUGGAUAAAUCCAGAGAAAGAGGUUCUCUCACCGCACAGACCACCCGCGCCACCCACUGAGUACUUCCAGUUCAACAUUGGUGGCUAUGAUCCGGCGAAUUUGCUGCGACCCAAUACGGACUCUACUGCGCUGCAGGGAUAUAUUGGUUGCGUGCGUGGACUGAAAAUUGGCACAAAUCUAAUCGACUUGGCUGACAUCAACGAACGGAAUAUUUCGCCCACUUUGGGCGGUGUCCUGCCCAAUUGUCAAAUCAAAUGCGAUGCUGAGCCAUGCAAAAAUGGCGGCAUAUGCAAAGAGAAUUUCGCCAAACAGGAAUCAACGUGCGACUGUGAACAUACCAGUUUUCUGGGUGAAUUUUGUAUGGAGGAGAAGGGUGCCGACUUUAGUGGCGAAUCAACAUUGUUGCGAAAAUUCGAACUCACCGGCAAGGUGGACUAUGUGCGCCUGCAAUUGGCAUUCUCAUCGUUCGAUUUGCGGCGUGCCAAUCGUGUGAUGUUGUUAUUACAGCCGACUGGUGAUCGUAGUUAUUACCUGAUGGUAGCCAUUAACGCUGAUGGUCAUCUACUAUUCGAAGAGGACCGUGAGGGCCCUGCAGUGGGUGCACAUAUCGAUCGAAGUUUUUUGAAUAAUGCACGUCAUUCCAUUUACUACAUACGCAAUGGCAGCGAUGCUACUCUGUAUAUUGACCGUGAUAAGGUGGAAUUGACAAAGGUACAGACACGUGCACCGGUGCCCACUAGUGACGUGGGCGGAAAUCGAGUACAAAUUGGUGGCAUCAAUACGACAGAUGCGAGAUUUGCUGUAUUCAAAAGUUAUAGUGGGUGCCUAUCGAAUAUUUACAUACAAGUGAACAAUUACGUUAUGAAACCGCUGGAGGAGUACAUGCUUUUCACUAAGUCUGGUGCGGACAACAUUACUGUAAUUCAUCCGCAGGGCUUGCGCAGCGCACAAUGUAUUGCCAAAUUUGAUAUAUCGGAGCAGCCAUCACAGGAGCCAAUGGUCAACGUGAGUUUGAGCACCGAGACGUGGGUGGAGGAUCCGCCACAGCGCGUUCUUUAUGUAGCCAAAUUUGGUUAUGAUGUCUCUGAGAAGGAAGAUUCCACACAAGUGGUAUUCAUAACGCUGACUUCGCUCUUUGUGAUCAUAAUUAUUUGCUGCCUGAUAGAGGUAUACCGCAGUCAUCGGGCAUACAAGAAGCGCAUCGAACGCCAAACGGACGAGGACAUCAUUUGGUCUAAAGAGCAAGCAACGAAAAUGCAUGAAUCGCCAGCAUUGACUGGAACACAACCAUAUGGCUACAAAAUGUUGCCACAAGAUGAAAAGAAACCUGGUAAUGGUGCGACGCUGGUAGGUAUUUUGAAGAAUGGCAACGCAGCCGCAGUCGCAGCCACAUCAACUGCAGCUGCAGCAACACCGGCCAAGGAGAAUGGUAGCACCAAGAAAAAUGGUGAUAUACCAUUGGGUCAUAUUGACACGCGCAUUGAUGAAGAGGAUGAGGAUGAUGAUGACGAUGAUGAUGGUGAUUUAAGCAGUACGGAUGUAACAAAAGUAGAAAUGGACAAGACCUUAGACGAGGCUUUGAACGCAGCACAGCAUGAAGAGCAAGUGGAGCAGAAAGAGAUUAGUGCUGAUGCACAGAAAGACACUCAACAAACAAAGGAGCACGAAGCAGUGGACACAAUCGCAAAAGAAGGCAAUGCAGAUGCAAAUAAAAGUUCUAACGAAAAACCGAGCGAGAGUGGCGGUGACAAUGUGGAAAAUAAAGCAACAGACGAAAGUAUCAAAUCAGCAGACAAAGAAAAUCUAAAAACAACGCCGACAGCAACACCACCAACUAGAAACAAUGAUGGCCUCGCUACGCAGGCAAACACAGCGCCGCUAUCGACUGUGCCACAAAAUCCCGAAAAGGAGACCCAAACGCCAGCACAAAUAGAUGGCGACUCGGUGGAUGGGCCACAGCAGCACCAGCAGACGGCGACUGCACCGGCAACAACGAAUGGUCAUGGCACGCAUAAGAAUCAACCGCAUCACCACCACCAUCACCACCACCAACAACAACAACAUCAGCAGCAAUCACUGCAAUCUAGCGCUACACGCGUCGAACGCAAACCAUCGGUUAAGCGGCAAGUGUCCUGGGGACCACCUACUGUUGCCGAAGCGGAUGCGGAAACACUCAAACUCACAAUCACACCACCCGCCUACAAACAAAAUGGUUACUAUAGCAGCAGCAGUUCAAGCAAUAACAAAAACAAUGCCAAUUGUGCGACAAUGACAUGAAAUUGGCGAGAGCGAACAACAAUUUCAUGUACAAACCAACGCCACACACAUUACAUACUCGUAUAAGCACUACGAUACAAUAAAUAUCAUAAAUAAUUUCAUGCAAUCAAAUAUCUAUUCGUACUAUAAGUAAGUAUGUACAUACAGAUGUGCAUAUCUAUAAAGGAAAAGUGAGAAGAAAACAUUACAUUCUCAUAGAGAUUUUUAGAAAGCUGGUGUUAAUGCUGGAUGUUUGAUGGACUACAAAGGAUGUCUUUGACUAAUACAUAGUUUAAGAAAAUUUCGAUGUUCGAUUUUUUGAAACUAAAAAUAGUUUUAAAUUUUACUUUUCAUUUGUAUUUUGUAUUGUAAUAAUUAGACCACAUUCACCACUCAUAUCAACUUUCAUACAAAAAUACAUACAUACGUAGAUGGUUUCAAAUUCACGAUGGGAAACGGGGCAUUCAUUAUCUUUUUCAUGUAUGAAAUUAUUAGUGAAGUCUAUCAAAAGACAGUAGUAGUUGGUCUGAGCAAAGCGGAAACCCUCCAGUUAAACACAAAACAAGGUAAGCAGAAUAGUAGUUUGAUAUUAAUUCUUUCAGUAAAAAUAAAAAGGUAGAAUGCAGGCAAAAAUCACUCAUCAUGGAAAGUUAGACGAAUGGCAAUAGCAUUCAUUUUAUUCAUUUUACGUGGUUCUACUAUGUAUUACUUAGGAGGGAGGCAAGCAUACAUGGCCAGUAGCUUUAACACAUAGGUCUGAAUUUAAUCCUUUGCUUUUGCGAUAAAUUUCCUUGUUUUCUGAGUACCCCAUUGUUAGUGUAAAACUAGUACUAACUAUGUCUCUUCGAUGUCUGUCACGCAUGCAGACCGAUCUUGCUUAGAAAAAAAUAAAAAUAAAAAUAAAUAAUUAGCGCUUACACCCCUUUUUGGGUGAUUCGCCGAGCUCCUCCUCCCUAUUUUUGCUUUUUUAAAACCGUAAAAAUAAGGGAAUGAUGUAGAAUGUGGUUUUUACUGUUCGAGAGGGAACUUUGCCUUUAGAUAUAUUAGCUUUGAGUCCACUAGUGAUCUCCAGCCUGACGUUUCUGAUGUUAUUGAUUGAAGUUGGUUCCUAAACAGAAAGAAUACAUCUCAGCUUAAGGUUUCUACUGAAAUAAUCCUAAUUUGCGUUGUUCUACCACUGUUCUCGUGUGAUGAUGUCAUGCUUUUUUUUUGGUUUUUCUUUUCUAAGUGAGAUCCAGGUAUAGCGGCAAAUUAUCUAUCUCGAUAUCUGAGAUAUCAUUAAUUUGCUGUAAUAAAGGUUUACCGAAAGAGCGAAGUCGUGCCCUAGCUAGCGAUGUAGUAGUGGAAAAGACUUUCCUUCACCCCCUCUGCUUUUAUUGGGUUGAGUGAGGUGGCGACUGCCACCGCCUCUGCUAUGUCUAGAGUCGAAGCUUUACUUGCUCACCUUUACUAGCUCAUCUGCUAUCUCAUUACCCCAUAUGUUCCUAUGACCGGGAACCCAUGUCAGAGUAAUUUCAAGCCAAUGACUAAGUAAUUCUAUUUCCUCUCUACAUUGUAAGACUAGUUUGGAUUAAAAUAGUGUUGGAGUCUAAGGCCUUGAUAGCUGCUUGACUGUCUGAAAAGAUAGCUACUCUUACACCAACUUCCUUGUAGAGUUUGGAGAACUCAUUUAUUACCCAAAAUUCUCUUACAGGUGUAAAGUGCUUUCUUUACGCUGUACUCUACGCUUUAAGGUUGCAAC